ACGGAGAAAAGUCGGUUAAAAUAAUUAAUGUCCCAUAAAACCCUCCCCACCGCGCGCACGCGAGCAGGCACCGAACCUCUGUCUCUCACCGCACCUUGCCCAUUCCACUUCACUCCACGCUGACUGACGCAUACCCCUCUCCCACGCCUCCUUUCAGCUGGUGUCAUUGGAAGAGAACACGCAGCGCAAUUAUUUCGUAGUUGGCACCAUCUGAAUUCCUGAUGGUCUUAGCUGGGGAAGAAUUGUCUCAAAAUAAUUUUGCAUUUAUGGAGCUUGCAAUACAACAGGCAAAACUUGCCUUGGACUGCCUUGAAGUGCCAGUUGGAUGUGUGAUUCUAGAGGAUGGGAAGGUUAUUGCUACAGGUCGAAAUCGAACUAAUGAGACAAGAAAUGCCUUUUUAUUUCUUAUGAGUUGCUACUAUAUGUUGUUACAGGCUACUAGACAUGCAGAGAUGGAAGCUAUUGAUACUCUUCUUGACAUGUGGCAGAAACAAGGACUUUCACGGUUGGAGGUUGCCCAAAAAUUCUCAAAAUGCUGCCUUUACGUAACUUGUGAACCUUGCAUUAUGUGUGCUUCAGCUUUAUCAAUUCUUGGUAUAAAGGAAGUAUAUUAUGGUUGUGCAAAUGAUAAAUUUGGAGGGUGCGGGUCAAUACUAUCACUGCAUUUGAGUUGCACUCAGCCAAAUACUAGUGGUGAAGUCCCACAAGGGAAAGGUUUCAAAUGUGCUGGAGGUAUAAUGGCAACGGAAGCAGUCUCCCUUUUCAGAAGUUUCUACGAACAAGGGAAUCCAAAUGCUCCAAAGCCGCACAGACCUCUUGUUAACCAGGCAACGCUUUGAAUAUAUUGGAGAGUUGAGGGAAUUUGUGUGUAUACAGUGGAGGGGAAGGAGUGUGACGGUGGGGAAAUGGAGCAAGUGAAUAAAUUUUAUCACAUAUCAAAUUCGUAAAAGCAGAAGGCCAAAAGACUUAUUUCUACCCAAGGUUUGAUGCACUGUCAAAGUUUUACCCAUUAAGUUUCGAAAACCUAAUAUGCCACCUGUUAUCUAAUUGUGUUAAUGUUUUCCGUUAGUUUAGAGUAUAAAUGACUGAUUUAUUAUUUUUUAUAUAAUGAUCAAAAUACAUUCAUUUAUUAA